UUUCAGCUGUAUCUCUGCAUGAUGAGGCUCCUUCUCCUGGGUGUCUGCGCCCUGUGUCUCCUCCAUGGAGGGGCAGCCGAACCGCGAUAUGUCUUGUCCUUCCCUGCGUUACUGAAGGCUAACGUAUCCGAGAAACUCUGCGUUAAUCUCGAAGACUUCGGCCAGCCGGUGGACCUCAGUGUCGUGCUGGACUUCAAUGGAGUCAACACCACCAUCUUUGCAGAGGACGUGGUCACCUUUCCCUUCUUCCAGUGCAAUGACUUUAUGGUCCCUGACGUAGAAAGCAGGACCCCGGUCUUUGUUUUGUUUUCUGCGACCGGGUCUGACUUUCAAGUGCUGGACCGGAAGACAGCGGUCAUCGAUAAAAUGGAGAACAUCAACUUAAUACAAAUGGACAAACCUGUCUACAAAUCUGGGCAAAAAGUGCAGUUUCGUUUGAUCUCUUUGACCUCGGAGCUGCUUCCGGUGAAGGAGGUGUACCCCGUUGUCUACCUGCAGGAUCCUUCCGGGAGCCGCCUGGCUCAGUGGGUGAACCAGGAGUCGGAGAGCGGCGUUCUGCAGAUGGAGUUCCAGCUGAUCAAUGACGCCAGUCCCGGUUAUUACACCAUCACUGCCGAGCGACAGUCGGGUUCUUCUCUGAGCCAGGGGUUCAGCGUAGAGGACUACGUAUCGCCCAGAUUUGACGUAAUCCUGGAGUCCGAGAACACGUUAUCCGUGUUGGAUGAGGUUAUGUCUUUCAACGCGUCUGUGAUAUACUCAUACGGCAAACCCGUGCCCGGCGUCGUCACGGCCAGAUGCUGCAAGUCACAAAACGUCUACGGCCGGAGAAAGAAUUGCUAUAAAGAGCAGGGUGAAGUCUGCUUUAACCUCACAGGGGAGCUGGACUCGGAAGGAGCCUUCUCAGGUUUCUUUGAUCUAAAUACCUUCAACUUGGGGCUGCUCGGGUCUCGGAUGAGUUUCCAGUUGGAUGUCACCGUCACAGAGGAAGGCACAGGAAUCCAAAUGACUCAAUCCAGAUACAUAUGGGUGACCACCCAGGUUGCCAACCUCCGGUUCCGCUAUGAGGCCAUGAACCAAUAUUACAAACGGGGCAUCGAUUUUCAUGUCGAAGUGCAAUUAACAGACGAGAAAGGGGAUCCCAUUCCCAACGAGGUGGUUGAACUGCAAGUCAAUAACGUUAUUCAGGAUGUAACGACCGAUGAAAAAGGCACCGCGGUGCACGCCAUCGACACGUCUGACUUCGUCGAGGAGAACUUCACCAUCCAGGCUAGUUACAAGAACCCGGAGCAAUGUUUUUACAGGGAGUGGGAUCUCAACGGCCCCGACUACCCCACCACCGAAUUCAUGGUCCAGCGGUUUUACUCUCAGUCAGGAAGCUUCCUGCAGGUGCGGAGACCGCUGGGGGAGCUGAACUGCAGCGAGACGCACCCCAUCGCGUUACAGUACAUCGUGACCCCGCAAGGCGUUGGGGAGGAAGCCACCGAGGCCACCUUCUACUUCCUGGUGAUGUCCAAAGCGAGUAUCGUUCAUUCCGGCCAGAAAACCGCUGACCUCACAGUCUCCCGGAAUGGCACAUUAACUAUUGAUCUGCCUGUAAGCGCGGACUUUGCACCGAGUGCCGACCUCAUUGUGUAUUCUAUUCUGAACACCGAGAUCAUCACAGACACCGUCAGUCUGGACAUAGAGAAAUGUUUCAAAAAUCAGGUUUCCCUGACCUUCUUAGAAGAAAAGACCACCCCGGGCUCCAGUGUGGACCUCCAGCUGUCAGCGGCCCCCACGUCCCUCUGUGGUCUCCGCGUCAUCGAUUCCAGCCUCCUCCUUAUUAAUCCGUACGAACGGUUCAGUGCUUCGAAUGUGUAUUACUCCAUUCCGUACCUCCGUCUGUUUGGUUACACUUUUGGGGACUUUAAUGUGGAAGAUCCGGCUCCCCCCUGCGAGGACCCCAAUAAAACUGUCUUUUGCCGAGGACGUUACUACCUGCCCACCAGCAGCCCGUCGGAAAGAGACAGCUACAUCAACAUUAAGGAAAUCGGUUUGGUUUUUGGGACGAAUUCCACGAUGAGGAAGCCGGUGGUCUGCGGGAAAGAGGAAGAACCCAUGUUCAGGGCUCCUAUGCGAGAACUUGGAACAGGCGGUGGUUUUGGAGGGGGCGGCGGCGUCAUGGCUUCUGCGGAUUCAGCGGCGGCGGUGGUCACCGUUCGGAGGAACUUCUCGGAGACGUUCGCGUGGAAGUUGGUGUCUGUAAACGCUGAAGGCCAAGCUACGGUAUCUGAGACCGUCCCGGACACUAUCACGGAGUGGCAAGGCGACAUGUUCUGCGUAUCCGAGACGGAGGGCUUUGGGAUGACGGCAUCUCCAGCCAAACUCACCUCCCUCCUGCCAUUCUUUAUAGAGCUCUCCCUGCCUCGUUCCAUCACCCGUGGCGAGACCAUGGUCAUGGUGGCCUCUGUGUCCAACUACAUGGAGUCUUGCGCCAAGGUCGCUGUAACAUUACAGAGCUCCAGCGACUUCACUGCUGAUCCUCAGGAGAAGACCCAGUCCACGUGCAUCUGCAACGGGCAGAGGGCUUCUUACACGUGGCACGUCCAGGCCAACAAGAUAGGAGAGAUCUCUUUUGUGGCUUCUGCCGUGACCUCCCAUAUCGGAGCCACCUGUGAUGGACCAAGCGACCGAUCCCAGCCGUCUCGCAAUGACACCGUCAUACAGACUGUUCUCGUAGAGCCCGAGGGAAUUAAGGAAGAAGUGACCUCCAGCAACUUGGUCUGUGUACAAGAUGCCAAUAGUGAAAUUCCCAUCAGUAUCCCGCCCAUCGAGAACGUGGUGCCCGACACGCCGGCCGGGUUCGUUACUGCCCUGAGUGACUUCUUUGGGCUUCCGUUACAAAAUCUGGACAGCCUGCUGCUGAUGCCGAUGGGUUGCGGGGAGCAGACCGUUGCCCGCUUGGCUCCCAUCCCUAAAGUCAUGGAAUAUCUCAAUAACACGGGGCAGCUCACCGCCGAAAUAGAAGAAAAGUGCAAAAACUUAAUGCGAGAAGGAUAUUACCGCAUGCUCCGCUUCAGAGACCCCACUGGAAGUUAUAACGCGUUUGAGCGCUCCUCAUUCCAGCGAUCACCGCGCUCGGGCAGUUCUUGGCUCACUGUCUUCGCAUUCAAGACCAUCGAGUCGCUCAAAAACUUCAUUUUCAUCGAUGAGAACAUCCAACAGCAAGCACUGAUUUGGUUGGAAAACUCUCAGAAACUGGAGAGCGGCUGCUUCGUACCCGAAGGGGAAGUGUUUUUGACGCAGGAAGACAAAAAUGGCGUGGCUUUCACAUCAUACAUUGCGAUUGCCCUCCUGCAAUCUAAUUACAGCCCCGGGAGGACUCUGCUGGACGGAGCCCUGUCAUGUCUGGAGGCCGCAUCCAUCACCGAGCAGACCACCUAUAUCCAGGCGCUCAUGGUCUACGCCUUUACCCUGGCGGGGAACGCGGAGAAGAGGGGCGCUUUGCUUACGAUAUUGAGAGAAAAGGCAAUCUCUGAGGGCGGCACCGUUCACUGGGAGCGUGAAAAUAAACCAGAGAGUGACGUUCCUUGGUUCUUCCACCGCCCGUACGCCGCGGCAGAGGUACAGAUCACGGCCAACAUCCUUCUCGGCUUCCUCAAAGAUCCCAACCUUUCCGACGCCGAUAGGAAUUACGUCGCUGAGAUCUCCCUGUGGCUCGUCCGGCAGCAGAACUCUCGUGGUGGAUUCCGCUCCACGCAGGACACGGUGGUGGCUCUCGAGGCUACGGCUGCUCUGGGUGAGCUCUUCUUCACCCCGAACGCCCAACACGCGGUGCGAGUAAACUCUGCGAACGGAGAAGUCGCCCAAUUCAACUUGAAUCAAGAAAACCGGCUCCUGGUCCAAAGACAGCCGCUGCCGGCCGUCCCGGGAGAGUACAGCAUCGCGGUCAAUGGACGGGGCUGCUGUCUGGUGCAGACUACAGUCGGUUACAAUAUCCCGGUGCCCACGGAGAACUCCGCUUUCUCAGUGUCUGCAUCGACUUCUUCUGAAAGCUGCCUGAACGGCGUGGCUUAUACCUUCGUCUUUAACGUCAGCGUCAGCUAUCAGGGCAGCAGAAACGCGUCCGGCAUGACCAUUGUUGACGUAAAACUGCUUUCUGGAUACCAAGGAGAUUACAUGUCGCUAAGAAAACUCGUUAAUGAUCAGCUGAUUUCAAAAUAUGAAGAAAAGAACAACCACAUCUACCUGUACCUGGAUUCUGUCUCGGGUGAGACUCUCCAUCUCUCCUUCAAGGUGCAGAUGGGUAACCGGGUGCUGAAUGUGAAGACCGGCUCUAUCUAUGUCUACGAUUACUAUGAAGCAGCGGAGAACGGUUUUGCGUCGUACAGCCAUCCAUGCGCAGCAUCUGGUUAAGACAAACGGCUCCGUGAUCUGAGCACACUUUAUACGUCUCAUUUGUCCACAAAGAUCCCUUUCAGGUUCCAUGGCUUCUGACCAAAGAGUUUCGCUGCAGAUUUGGGAAUUUAAACAGUUUGGUAAGGGCUCCUCCUGUUAAACUGACUGGAAAUAUUUGAAAUAAAUAAUUGGCUCUGCAAA